AUGGUUGGACCAUCGAGUAUUCUGGGCACGUCUGUGACAGCUGCCCAGAAAAGUACAUACGCACAACAAUAUGCUGGAAGGACGAGUUUAGAUCAACCGGGAGGUUUGCAGCCGCCAGGUCAAAUUGGCUCGCGAAUGGCAUCGAGCUCAACAGUCCCAUUUGCGCCUCGUGGCUCCUCUCUUGCCCCGUCUCCCGCGCCCGCUCCCGGGAGCUUCAGCUCGACAAUGCGUAGCCAAAUGCCUACGAUGCGGCAAGCCUCGGCGCUCGAUACAAAUGCUUCGAUGAUAAACCUGGAGCGAUUAGACGAAGAUGAUAACAAGAUGCCGGAGAAGAUAUUGUCGAAUUUGCGCGAAACGCUGAGCAGGGAGAUGAAGAUAAAGGAGGGCAGUGAAAAUAUGUUGGAAGCGUUGAAUACGAAGAAAGCAAAGCAGACAAAAGAGCAGAGGCAGAGAGUGGAGGCGGAGCUGAAUAUAUCCAACCAGAAGAUCAGAGAAUUGAGAUUCCAAAUUACAGAAUUACAGAAGCCUAAAGCACCCACUACUCCUACUCGCAAUCGAAUGGAUGCCCUAUUUCAAAGUAAUGGUGUAAGAUCACCUCCAAGUGCUUCUAAAAGUGUGGGGGGCUCAGAAGUAGCAGAUGAGCCUACAGAGUCGCCAACAUAUGCGCUGGCCGAAAUUUUACAAGCUCUUGAGGUGGAAGGUCUCACUCCGGACUACUAUGUUGGUCAUGCAAAUGAUCUGGUUGAGCUUUUCAAGCGCCAUCCUACCUUGAAGUAUGAUCUCGUGUGGUCGGUAUUUGGACUAAGAAUGCAAGUCAUGCUUUUGAGUGGGAGUCGAGAGGUAGUAGCUGCAGGAUAUCGUAUGACAAGAUAUGCAAUUUCUGAUGUCAGCUCCUUACAAAAGAUCCGUAGCCUCCAUACUGAUUAUCUUGUUGUCGUAUCUCUGAUUAAGAAGGGAACUUCUGACGUGGAAAGGGAGCAGGCCUUGAAAUUCAUUCGAGCUUUUCUAGAUGUCAAAGACGGUAUAAAAGAAGUUUCCAGGGCUGUUGUCAGAACUAUAGCAUCAGUUGCAGAUCACGGGGAGGAUCGGCUCAAGGCUAUCUGCAUAGAAACGCUUGCGGAGAUCAUGGUCCGUGAUCCAGGUCUUGUCGUUGCCUCUGGUGGUCUCAGACCUCUUGCGGAUGCCCUAGGUGAUGGUACAUACGACGCUUCUGAGAGCUUGACGGCAGCAUUCUUAUUUCUGCUUGAUUCUCCACAUAGACGCAAGUAUUUACGAUCAGGUUAUGAGCUAGAAAUACUCUUCACUUCUUUCACCGACUCUCUGUUUGUAAAAGAAGAAAUCUUGAAGCAAAACUCAAAGGCUAUUUCAUAUGCUUUGAACUCAUGGCCUGGUCUUAUGACGUUGUCCAUGUACAAUUUCAGAGCUAUCAAAUCAUUAGUAUCAUGCUUAAUGCUACCAAAUCCCAUUGUACGCGAGACUGUCAUAGAUCUGCUCUAUGGAAUCUUGCGCAUCAAGUCCCCUUUCUGGGCAACCUCUUUUCUUGCUGGCAGACGUCUCACUACAUACGGACGAGUUGCAAACCUCAAAACAACACCAACAAAGGCAUCGACGCAGCCAGUGACGGAAGACGAGUCGGGCGAGAAAAGCUUUGUUGACCAUUAUACAGCGCUUUUGCUGGCAGUUUUGAUAGCUUCCGGCAUGGUUGAAGGAUUAUUACAGGUAACUCGAGAUACUGAUAAUGCGAUGCUCAAGCGAAAAACCACUCUACUCAUCGGAGAAGCUCUGAAGCUUGCAAGUCAACUACUGCCUUCAAACUGGAGCACUGAACUCCAAUUACUCCCCGGAUUAUUUGCUGCCGCAUCUCAAUUCGGAACCGAUGAACGAUUCGUGGCCACUAGUACGGUAUAUCAGAUUAGCAGUGUGAGUCGAACAUUGUAUAGAUCAGCUCCAUCCAUCUCGACAACACUUUCGAUCAACCAUAGUCAUGAGAACUUGACCAGCUUGGAAGAUCAACCUAAAAGUAACCCUAAUAUCUCGUUUGACGAGACGACAUUCCGGCAACUAUUAGUUGAAUCGCAAGUCUUAGCCAGCACAAAUCCCAUCAAGUGGAAAUGGGACAUAAUUCUUCGAAUCAUCGAAGGGCCACUGCUGAAUGGGAAGCGUCUUGAUGAAGCCGUCAAAGCAUCGAAAUUCAUCAAAAGAAUCAUGAGUUUCUAUCGGCCAUUUAAGUAUAAAUUCUCUGAAGUGAGAAAUACCAGGAUAAACCAAAAAUAUGUCAAGGUCGGUUGUGCACUCAUGCACACUCUCCUUCAGACCAUGGAAGGUGUCAAAUACUUGGCGGAUAAUAAGCUGCUCAGACAAAUUGCGGAAUGUCUCGCUCAAUGUGACCCGACAAGUGGUCUCACCGCUUCUCAACCAACAUUUUCGAAGGAAAGACUUUCAGAAACGCUCGCAUGCGGCUAUUUUGCCAUGCUUGGAACCUUGAGUGGUGACCCAAAGGGAUUGCAAAUGCUCGAUCGUUGGCGAAUGAUCAACAUGAUGUAUCACAUUAUUGAUCUAAAGCAACGGCCCGAUCUGAUUAAGCUACUGCUAUCGAACUUUGACUAUAAUUUACAGGGACACCCAAGAGUUCUUCUCUCCAAGGCCUUGACCGCAGGAUCUAAGGAGAUUCGUAUACAUGCGACGAAUGUCCUACGCAAAUAUUCCAGUCGGGCUCCAGGAUCCACCGAUUAUAAAUGGGCAAUCGAGCUUCUAGUCACGCAACUGUAUGACCCAGAGGUUGAAGUCUGUGCAACUGCCAUCAAAAUUCUUGAGGAAGCUUGCAAUAGAAAAAGUUAUCUCGAAUUCAUUGUGGAAUGUCGUCCAGCGUUAGACCACUUGGGAGAGAUCGGUGCUCCUCUAUUACUACGUUUUCUUUCGACGUCUAUUGGAUAUCAUUAUUUGGACGGCCUGGAUUACAUCAGUAAUGAAAUGGAUGAUUGGUUCUUGGGCCGAAAUGAUAGUUACGUCGGUGUCAUUGAGGCAAGCUUGGCACGAUCUUUUGUGGAAAUGCCCGAGGAAGCAUCACAUCGGAUGAGUAUGGACGAGGAUAGCUUUGAUACUGAGGUCGAAAAUGACGCCCACGUUCCUCCUCAUUUUUAUAGAGAACUUACUCGCACGAAAGAAGGCUGCAAACUUCUCCAAGAUAAAGGACACUUUGAAGAAUUCGCCUGCACGAUUCGCGAAUAUGGUAUGCUAGCCGAUGAUCCGGAGCUCAUUCUCAAAAUCAAAGGAUGUCUUUGGGCAGUCGGAAAUGUGGGAUCCAUGGAACUCGGCGCACCAUUUCUGGAGGAAUCCGAUGUUGUUGAACAAAUCGUCAAGAUUGCCGAAUCACACCAAAUCAUGAGUUUACGCGGUACUGCAUUCUUCGUCUUGGGACUUAUCUCGAGAAGUGUGCAUGGACUCGAGAUUCUUUCGGAACACGGAUGGGACUCAAACACCACAAACCUAGGGGUUUCUCUCGGCCUCUGUAUCCCCCAGAACCUCGGCAAAUUCCUCUCAUAUCAACCGUGGGAACACAAAACGGUAUCUGAAAUCGUCAUCACCGAAGAAGAAAAGAUGGAAAUCGAAGCCGCGCGCAUAGAUGACGAUGAAACUAAUCAACGCAUCCUAGAACUGGUCGAAAAUCUCGGAAAUAUGAUUCUACAUAAAAAAGCCAUUGGAGAGUUAAUUGCGAUUAAAGAAAACAAAGGAUUUGUCAUUGAACUUUUUGAAAAGAGGGUGUUGAGACUUAUUGUCUUGGAGGAGGAUAGUGAGGAUGAGGCGGUAGAAAUGGGUAGGAACGAGGUGGAGAUGGUAGAGGUAGGAGGUCAACGCGAAGAAGAGCAUGAUAGUGGGAGUGACGGGGUGAGAACGGAACGCCAGAGAAGUGUCACGGAUAUUGCGGCCGUGGCUGAGGCAAACAAUGCUUCGAUAUGA